AUGGCGGUUAAUGCGAGAGGCGAGGAGCAGUACGGGAACGACAACCAUCUCGGGCUUGGGCUAAGCCUCAGCCUCGGCAUCGCCGCCGCGGCUCCGGCCGAGGUCGAGCCGCCGCCACCGCGGCAGCAGCAGCAGCAGCAGCGAGCUAUCAGCGUCGCGCCCAUCUCCUCCCUCCUCCCCGGGUCGCAGUGGUGGAACGGCCCCGCCGGUUCUGGUCCUGACAGAGAUACUGCGCACAUGCAUGCAGGGAUGAUGAUGGAUCCAUCUCUGGAGAGGAAGCAUCAGCAGCCGCAGCCGCAGGCGACCACGUGCCACAGCCAUGAGAUGCCGUUCCUGCGGCUGCGGGGGAUCGACGUGAACCGGGCCCCGGCCGGGGAGACCCGGACCCGGAGGGGCAGCUGCAGCGAGGACGAGGAGCCCGGCGCGUCGUCGCCAAACAGCACGCUCUCCAGCCUCAGCGGGAAGCGCGCCGCGCCGGCGAGGAGUAGCGGAGAAGUGGACCGAGAGGCCGACGGCCACACCCCGAGAGCCGGAGGCGGCGGCAGCGACGACGAGGACUCCGGCGGCGCCGGCAGUGGGUCGCGCAAGAAGCUCCGCCUCUCCAAGGACCAGGCCGCCGUCCUCGAGGACAACUUCAAGGAGCACAACACCCUCAACCCCAAGCAGAAGGCGGCGCUGGCGAAGCAGCUGAACCUGAAGCCACGUCAGGUCGAGGUCUGGUUCCAGAACCGCAGAGCCAGGACGAAGCUGAAGCAGACGGAGGUGGACUGCGAGUUCCUGAAGCGCUGCUGCGAGACGCUGACGGAGGAGAACCGGCGGCUGCAGCGGGAGGUGGCGGAGCUGCGCGCGCUCAAGCUCGUCGCGCCGCACCACUACGCGCGCAUGCCGCCGCCCACCACGCUCACCAUGUGCCCCUCCUGCGAGCGCCUCGCCUCCGCCGCGUCCGCCGACGAGGCGGCGGGCCGUACCACCGCCCCCACAGGGCCCUGGGGCCCGCUCCCCGUGCGGCCCGUGUUCGUCGCCGACGGCCCGGCCCGGAGGUCAUGA